AGUGACUGCGGUGAGAGAAAAUGAAAAUUGAAAGGAUUUUUCUGGACGGCUCCUCUUGAACAUAUCGUUGAUUUUAGCAAGCAUAUUUCAAGUUCAAUCACGCAAUUUCGAUUCAGGCGAUGGCCCCAAGGAACAGCGAAAAUAUGUGAACGAAGUCCUAGUUGGAGGACAACAUUACGGAGGAAACACUGAUGUCUGACCCAUGAGUAGCUUGUAACCCUACAAGUUCUUGUUCAUAUUCCAGGGUGAAAAGAUUCCAAAGCCGUGCAAUGUCAAGCCGGGGUCUGUCUUUGUUCAGAUGUUGUUUCAACAAGCUUAACGGGAUCAGUCUAUUAAUAUAUGGCAUAUCUCUACUCGGUCUUUUCCCUUUUCUUUUUAAAAACUACAGGUAUUCUUUUUACUAUCGGAACUUUUUCCAUAACAAAACAACUGAAAUGGCAUACCAUAUUAAACAAAAUGAAAUUCGAAGUGUUGUCGCAUCACAGUUUUGGAAUACACUUCAAAAUGAUCCAUUCAACUUUACCAAGACAGUUAAAGAUGUGGAUGUUGAUGUCAUGAUCAUCACAACAUCUCGGCACAUUUCCCUUCCAGAUGGGAAUAAUCCAAGGUUCUUAACUCAAGUUUUGUGGCAGUUUUUUCAAAUUCUAAACAGUCCUGAAACAAGUGAAUUACCAUGGAAAGUUGGUUUGUCAAUAUGCAAUGUGGAUCCAAAGCCUUAUGAAGAAGCAAAGAACUUCUCUUCUUUGGUGCACUAUAUUCAGCGUUACUCAGUAGAGACAGAUUUGCCAGCUGUUCAUAUCAAAGACAAAGAGAAGCAAGACUAUGCAUUUUGUCUGGAAAAGAGCCUAAAAUCCAGGCCGAGGUAUUCUCUCUUGGUUGAAGAUGAUGCCUUUCCUCAUCCACAGCUAUUUCAGGCUUUAUAUUACCAUAUAGUGGAGAAAAAACGCGUGAUGGGCUCUCGAUUACAAACCAACAAUGUGUUAUUUUAUAAACUGUAUCAUCCCGAAAGACUUCAAGGAUUUUGGAGUCUGGAACCAGAACGCUUCCCUGAACUUUUCAGUUUUGGUUGCCUAUGUGGAACUUGUGUAACUUGUUUGAUAAACUAUUUACUGUAUUCCAGAGAAAAUAGAACUACUGGACUUCACAAUUUUUUUAAUACCUGGGUAUGGGUGGUAUUUUACUUCACACUUGCAGCAUUUCUUAUUGGUAGGCCACAUCUAAUGCAAUUAAGGUAUCUGUCAAAAUAUUUCUUCACUGUUGGCCCCACACCAUCAUGCUGCACUCCUGGAAUGCUCUUUGUUGCUGAGAAAGCAACUCAUUGGGUGAAUUAUAUGAAAAGUCAUACAUGUGGUGUGAAUUAUGGGAAGGACACCAUGUUAGAUGACUAUAGGAAAAAGUUCAAGGUGCAAGGAUUAAUUGUGCAACCCAAUUUAUUCACACACAUUGGGUUUUAUUCAUCUCUCAGUGAGAAAUUAUUGGGUCCUUCACUUAUGUAUUAUCCACCAUGGUUCCCACUCUAUUGAUACUUAAUAAUUACUACUGUUAGUAUUUAUUUAAUAAAUCUAGUAAUAUAUAGCUGAUGAGGGAGUUUAUAAUCAAGAGUGCAGUAAGCUGAACCUUUAACAAAUAGCAUAUCCUUACAAGAAUGCCAAUCUUUCAAAUCCUUGAUUUCAUAAAACUUGUAUUGUAUUUACGAAUUUUUAUACUAACUUAACUUCUGUUAAUUUGAAACAAAAACUGACUUCACUUUCUCUUUUUCUCAAACAGUGUUCACUCACCUCCCCCCACGUUUAACAAAUGGUAAACACCACAGCGUACACUAUUGAGUUAUGGAUACACGCGGGAGGUUGCUAAGCA